GGCUGGGGGUGGGCCUGGGGUUCAGACAUACCAACCCUUAAUGUAUUCAAUCCUUUUGUAAGAAACAAAUGCACCAUGCUAUAAUGGGGUGAAUAAGGGGAAGUAAAAAGAAGUACGAGCGAGGCAAGAGGCACAUGAGGCAACAAGGACGCCCAUCUUCUAACCUGCGUCCAUUUUAGCACCUUUGAUUUUACUUCGAGAUGCUUCCCCUCCUGAGCUUAAGUUCUGUCUGUUUGUGGUUUCAUACAAUGAAAGACACUUCAUACAGUACAUGAGCUUAUGAGUUUCCUGAUUACUGAGGUGACACCACAGGGCUUAUAACUGAUUGGAUCUGGUGAGGCGAUGAGAUCAGUCUGGAAUAAACAACAGAAGAAUGACAGACAUAUGACUUUGGAGAUAAAAAGCCAUUACUGAAAUUGAUACAAUGGGUAGCAUCAGUCUGUUUAUUCUGCUGAUUUACUAUGGAACCAUGGGCUGGGCUUUCCUGCCCAACUUCUGGUCUCGAGUGCUGACGGUGUCGUGGAACUCUUAUACACACCAGUAUAUGACAGAGCAGGCUCUGCUCAACGUCACCAUGGAGACUAUUCACAUGAUGCCUGAAUACUUUGGAGGUCACGAGCAGGUUGACCUGGGUCGGGCAUUUUGGAAAUCUGUGGCUGAGGUGGUCAGCGCCAAUGCUGAAAUGGACUUCCUUAGCUCUACACGAUCUGACCCGGUGUAUCACUUUGACUCGGAGAGAAUAGAAGGAAGCAUAGAGAUGAUACGGGACUUCUGGAAGCAGGCGGUUCUGCUGACUCAGAAGAAGGAUUAUCAGGGAGCGAGAUAUAUCCUGGGACAGCUUCUGCAUGGCUUACAGGACUUUUAUAGCCACAGCAACUGGGUGGAAAUGGGACAGCACACUGAGUACCUUCAUUUGUUACACCCUGAAGAGCCCGAAGUACCUGUAGCUUCAGAGGACACUCCUACCUGUGCUGCAUGCCAUCGAUACAGUUGUUAUAAUAAUUUAUUAGAAGAGCUUGUCAGAGGUCCACCAAAUCCUCUCCUGACCACUGGAUAUUUCAGCACUUUCCCAGCCAAACCCAUAGGGAAGUGCAGCCAUGGUGGUAUUCUGGACAGCAGUCGUCACCAGGCAGCCGAAGGUGGCAUUAAUAAAGACAGCACUUCCCCUCUCUUCUCCCCACACCACUUCCUCCACAAUGAGGCUGCACAACUUGCUUCCAAGGCAACUGUCAGAGUGCUCCAUGACCUCAGAGCUGAGGUGGGGCCCAAGAAUUUCCUCAGGUUUCUCAGCGUCAAACAGCCUCCAGCCUUGGUGUUUGUCAUAGACACUACUGGUAGCAUGUUUGAGGAGAUCACAGCUGCUCGUCUCCGUGUCCUGUCCAUCAUUCAGGCUCGAGCGAGGAAUCAUGAACCUGGGCUUCCUGGAACUUUCCUACUCAUCCCCUUCCAUGACCCGACUGUAGGCCCAGUUUUGGAGACAGAUGAUCCCAAUGAGUUCCAGCAGUUCAUGGAGAAUUUAAUGGCGCUUGGUGGAGGAGAUGAACCCGAGAUGUGUUUCUCUGCUGUUCAGCUGGCUCUUAUCCAUAGUCCACCUCUGUCUGAGAUCUUUGUUUUCACUGAUGCAUCCCCUAAAGACAGUCACCUGUACAACACUGUCAAAGCUCUAAUUUUAGAAAAGCAGAGCAAGUUGACCUUCCUGUUGACUGAAGACCCAACCCGCAGCAAGAGAAUGGUGAGCAAGAGGAAGAGGAGAGCGGCCCUAUCUCCUGAUAGAUUCUCUCUGUACUCCUCUCUGUCCUUACUGUCUGGAGGGAUGACCAUCUUCACCACGAACAGGGAUAUUCAAAAAGCUUCAGCCAUUGUGGAAGACAGCACCACUUCCAGCAAAGUGACUCUAUUUCAUGCAGUAAGUGAAGCUGAUUCAUCACACUCCUUCAUAAUCGACCAACAAGUCAGAUCUGUCCGACUCCAUGUUGCUGGAAAACUUACACGCUGUGUCCUCAUCAGCCCUACAGGAGCUCAUCAGUCUCUUCUAAGUGAAACAGGCUCUCUAGGUGAGUUGGAUCAGGCUGACGGUCUGUACCGAGUCAGGCUUUUGCCGCCUGUAGACCCGGGCCAAUGGCACAUUAACGUCACAUCCCACGGACCAAUCACAUUUAAUGUCUUGGGAGAAAGCGCUCUGGACUUUUUCUAUUACUUUGCAGUAGAAGCAAAUGAGACUCAUCCAGGGCUGCGGAGACUAGAAGGCAGUCCUAUUGCAGGUGUACCGGCAUUUUUAGUGGUGACUGUAACAGGCUUGGCCACCAUUGAUGAUAGUACUUUCAGUCACGUGACCUUGCUAGGGUCCAGUGGCGAAAGCUUUCAGAAGGUAUUACUGAACUCUUCGACGCCUCAUUGGUCAGGAGAGGAACUGGUCGGCUUGAUCGAGUCGGUUCCUAGGAUGCCCUUUAGUGUGCAUCUCUGUGGAAAAGACAGAAUGGGGAAUGAGCUUGAGAGAGUUUCCACUGAGAUGGUUCAACCCACACAUGUACAUAUUAUGGUGCUGUCAGCUCCUCAUCUUCUUCCAGGUCAUCACUCUACAAUUUUGUUUGAAGUGUUUAAUCAUGGUCCUGCCCGUCAUUUCACAGUGACUGCUGAAGAUGACCGUGGUUUCCUCACGCAUGGCAAACACCACAGGUUGUUUAUAGGAGAGAGAGGAUCUGUGAGAGAGGAGGUCAAGCUGAGGACUCCGCACUCCACCCAGGCGGGUCAGACACUUACCGUGACCCUCACAGUCCAAGCACAUGACUCACAAGAUUCCAACUAUGCUGUUGCAUAUCUGCUGGUUUUACCAGAGGAGCAUGAUGUGUCUCCUCCGAAGUGUUCUGUGAUGUAUAUGGAGUCAAAUUGUCCUCCUCUUCCUCAGUGCUUUCUGGGUAACUGGAGUGUCUAUCUGACAGUGAAGGACAGGGGUAACUCUGGCCUCGCAAGCAUACAACUUGCUGAAGGACAUGGCACACUCAUGCUACUCCAUGAGAAGGCUAUUCAUAAAAAUGUCUCAGAAAAUGACUCUCUGACACAGCUCCCUAAUGAAGCAGAUGUAAGCCCACUGAGACAGCACCAUGAAGAAGCAACAAGGCAUCAUCUGCAUAGACAUUCAAAACAGUUCAAGCUGAAAGCACAUAGACUUGCAGAAGACAUAUCAGUGAAUGGCAACCAUCCACUGAACAUUAGUGAGUGGGCUAGGAGAAAGCACAUAAUGCUGCACUAUACUUCAGACUGCUGUGUCCUUCAGGCAGAGCUGCAUGUGUGGGAUGGAGCAGGAAAUAUGAGGAACUGUAGCCUGACAGGCAGCCAACAGAGGGCACUGCUAGAGAAAAACUGUGCAGCAAAUGGGCUUACAUAUACACUUCUAACACUUGCUUUAUGGGCUUUGUUAGGACUGGACACAAUUUGUGCAUAGUAAAGAUUACAAUUCAUCCCAAAAUGCUUUAAAAUAAUUGAAAUAGACUAAACUGGAAAAUGGAGAAACCCUGAAAUUGAUGGAUUUUUGCAUCAGACCUAAAGCCUAUUGUUGCUGCCUCACUGCUCCAGGGUCACUGGUUCUUGGGCUUGGAUUUCUGCUAUGGUUUCCUCUCCCCAUCAUCAUCUAUCUUUGUUUGUUUAGGUUUCCAAUGGGUUCCCUAGGUUUCCUUUGAACAUGCCAGUAGGUCAUUUGGCUACAUUAGAAUACCCCUGGGUGUGAAUAUGUGUCUGCAUCCCAUCCAGUGUGUAUACAUGACUCCUGCCCAGUGUUCUUGGACUAGGCUCCAGAUCCACCCUGACCCUGGCCAGGAUAAAGUGGUAACUAAAGCUAAAUGAAUAAAAACUGACCAAAUAAGACCAAACCUGAACUGAAUUAAAUGAGGAACUUCAUCUGUACAGAUAAGGGAUUCUUUCAGGAGUUUAUUAGGUAGUACAAGUGUACAGGGUACAUGGAUUACACCAUACCGCCGACACUAUUAAAUAGAACAAGAUGCUGAAUAACAUAAAAAAAACCUUUUAAACUAAAAGUGUAACCCCCAAACUAAAUUACUGACAUAUUUAUAAAAUAAAAUAUCGAUCUAUUACACUGUGCAGCCAAAGACACACUGACAGACACCAAGCUGAUGGAAAGGAGCAAACUUCCAAAUUCCAAAAUGCUGAUACAAUAGUGUACCUUCAUCAAAGGUACAAAUCCUAUCCUUGAAGGUACCACCACAGAGACAAGGCACUUAAGGUGCCUUAAGUGUGCCAAAGUGUUCCUUCCAGAACUACUAAAGUUCUUUUCCCAAUUGAACAACAAGCACCUUCAACAACUGAACCCAAAAGGCAUUUCACAAUAAAGAUUUCAAAACUAUUUGAACAAAAUAUAACUUAAAUUGAACAGUAAAUGUUAUUAAAUGCCUAUUAGAUGUAAAUCACAGCAUCAUGUUCUAAACAUUUCCACUUUAUGCACAAUAAACAUACUGUUCUACCCCUGCACCAUAUUCAUACAUAUGUUUAUAUUUUCUAUAUAUUUUCCCCAUUUGUUUGUACCGAUAAUCCUAAUCCUACAUUUAUUGUGACAAUUUUAUUCCACUUUUAAGACAGUAUUUUACUACAUGUCAUACUUUUCAGGGUUGUGUAGGUGACAUUUAAAAUGUGAACACGAAUACAAUGAAAUAGAUGAAUCAAGCCAAACCAAAAAUGAACAAAUGGAGCAAA